UGCUCAGGCAGCUGCACCGCGGGUGAUACCAGAACCGGAGGAGACGUCGGUCAGAGGGACUCAGGGGCUUCCGAGCUAAAGGAGAAGCUAAAGCGCCGCCAUGAACACCAAACAUGUGACGUGCAGGUAUUUCCUACAUGGUGUGUGCAGGGAGGGGGGCCGCUGCCUCUUCUCUCAUGACUUGGCCACAAGCAAACCCUCCACUGUCUGCCGCUUUUACCAGAGGGGCCAGUGUGCGUACGGAGCCCGCUGCAGGUAUGAUCAUGUCAAGCCGUGUAACGGAUCCGUGUUUUACCCUCCCCAAGAGAUGGCGCCGGCGCCGUUAGAGAGCACCCCUCCAUUACUCCCCACACAGGAAGCUGCGGCGCCCGUCACAAAAAGUGCCCCCCAGAGGCGUGAGAAGAAAUCCGUUGUACUUAGGGACCGUGAUCUGUGCGGCGCCUCCGUGGAAAAGGCUCAUCCCGAUCCUGCACUCCGGCCCGGCUGCGCCGCUGACCCCCCAGUCAGUGAGUUGGAGGCCAAACCCCAUUCGUACCUGGAAGCCAUCUGCACCGGACUGGAUGAGACCCCAAUCCCCAGCGCCUAUCCUGAUGCCCCCCAGCAGUUGUGCCCUUUUGCCCAGGCCGGUGGCUGUCACUAUGGCGAGAGCUGCCCCUAUAUCCAUGGCAACGUGUGCGAGAUCUGCGGCCUCCAGGUCCUGCAUCCGUACGACCAGGAGCAGAGGGGGCACCACGAGAAGCUGUGCAUGGCCAACUUCGAGCGGGACAUGGAGAGAGCGUUUGCCUUCCAGGCCAGUGAGGGCAAGGUGUGCAGCAUCUGCAUGGAGCGCGUCUACGACAAACAGUCGCCCUCCGAGCGGCGCUUCGGCAUCCUCUCCAACUGCCACCACACCUACUGCCUGGCAUGUAUCCGCCAGUGGAGAUGUGCCCGCCAGUUCGAGAAUCCUGUCAUCAAGUCGUGCCCAGAGUGCCGCGUCAUCUCCGAGUUCGUCAUCCCCAGCGCCUAUUGGGUCGAAGACCAAAGCAAGAAGUUUGAGCUGAUUGAGGCCUUUAAGCAGGGAAUGGGGAAAAAAGCCUGUAAAUACUUUGAUCAGGGGCGGGGAACGUGCCCAUUUGGGGGCAAAUGCCUUUACUUACACGCCUACCCUGAUGGGACGAGGGCAGAACCUGAGAAACCACGGAAGCAGCUUGGGUCCGAAGGCACCGUGAGGUUUCUCAAUUCGGUGCGGCUGUGGGACUUCAUUGAGGAGCGGGAGCAGCGGAACCUCCCUGAUGCAGAGGAUGAGGUGGCGGAACUGGGGGAGCUCUUUAUGCACCUGUCCGGAGUCGGUGAGGAACCCCCCGCAGCCUCUAACUGAGCCCCCCCGGCCGGAAUCAUUAGUGACCCGUUUGCACAACAAUAAACCUGAUGUCUGGGA